AUGACUACUCAAAGAUUACCGGCAAGGAAUACGAGAAUUUUUGUAUUUCAGAUGAACAACUUUAUAAGCGCGUUCUACGAUGCAGUUUUACUAUACGCAAUCGCUUUGAACGAGACGAUCACAGCCGGAAUGGAUCCACGGAAUGGGCACAGCAUUACUAGCAAGAUGUGGGGACGAACGUUCGAUGGUUUGUUCUGUAGAAGAAAGACAGUUCAGGAAGUUGCAUACUACUCGGGAGCGUCAAAUGAGCUGAAGAAGGUGACCGAUUUCCACUGGAUAGGCGGUAAACCACCACGAGAUUCACCCAUUUGCGGUUACGACAAUAGUAAAUGUCCCAAGGGUUACCCUCUUCACGUUUACCUAUUAGCUGCUUCUGCUGGUCUGAUAAUGUUACUAACUCUGUUGUUUGUGUUCUUCUGGAGGCGAUACAAAUUGGAACAAGAAUUAGCGGCAAUGUCAUGGAAGAUUCGAUGGGAGGAACUCGAUGGUGAAGAAUCACAAAGGAAAGAGAAGAAGAAAGCAAAGAAAAAGCGAUCGGGUGGCAAUUUCUUCGAGUCCUAUCCACUCUUACGUUCGAACUCACGUGGUGGCAGCGUGAGCAGCGACAAGCGCUCAUCUAGUUCUGGUACUACAAGAAAAAUCUCUGCAAUGAUUGACAGAAAAUUCAGUAUAUUCACUAGAAAGAAAAGCUCUCUGAAUCAGGACAAAAACGGUGGCCUCACUGGAAAUCAUGCAAAUUCUCUCAAAGCUAUUGAGUCCGGAGAAUGUUCGCCGAUGAAUGAGGUGCAUUUUCACAUGCCAGAAAAUCCCCUUAUUUCUUCUCCAUCAGGGGAUUCAGAUUGUAAAAAGAAGAGCAGUGGGGAAGAAGAUUUUGAUAUCAUAGCAAAGAAGAGCCUCAGUUUGCGGAAUCGGAAGCUUUCGUUUUUCGGCUCGAUCAAGAAACACCUUCAGAGCGGUGGCUCUGCGGAGACAAUCGCACAAAACAAUGGACAAAUAUACACGAAGACUGCAUUUUACAAGGGAAUAAUGGUGGCCAUCAAGAAAUUGAACAUCGAUCAGAAAAAAUAUCCUAAAUUGGACUUGUCAAGAGCGCAAUUGAUGGAACUUAAAAAAAUGAAAGAUCUUCAACAUGAUCAUGUCACAAGAUUCACUGGUGCUUGUCUCGACGCGCCUCAUUGGUGUAUUGUGACCGAAUAUUGUCCGAAGGGUUCGCUUGAAGAUAUUCUCGAGAACGAUCAGAUCAAACUCGACAACAUGAUGAAGUACUCACUACUACACGAUCUGGUCAAGGGAUUGUAUUUUCUUCAUAAUAGUGAAAUCCGAUCACACGGCCGAUUGAAGUCGUCCAAUUGCGUGGUGGACAGUCGAUUUGUCCUUAAAGUCACUGACUUUGGUCUGCAUGGUCUUCAUGCGAUGGAAGAAAACACAGUAGAUGAUAUUGGAGAGCAUGCUUUCUAUAAAAAAUUACUCUGGACUGCACCAGAAUUGCUACGAAAUCCAAAUCCACCACCAAUGGGGACGCAGAAGGGCGAUAUCUAUUCGUUUGCAAUUAUUCUUCAUGAAGUGCUCUGGCGAAAAGGCGUAUUUCCGUGCAAGAACGAGAACCUUUCACCGUACGAGAUCGUCCAACGUGUAAGGAAGCCGGUGGCCAAUCCAGACGAUGUUUUCCGACCGUAUGUACCAGAUAGUUUGGACGCGGACGACGAGAUUAACCAGAGUUUACUGGAAUUGAUGCGUUGUUCAUGGGCUGAAAAUUACCAUGAACGGCCAGAUAUCUCAAUGAUACGAAAGGCGGUUCGUAUGCUUAAUAAGGAUAACGAAACUUCAAAUCUGGUCGACAAUCUCCUAAAGCGUCUUGAAUUAUACGCGAAAAAUCUCGAAGGCCUCGUAGAGGAACGAACACGUGAAUACCUUGCAGAGAAGCAGAAAGUCGAAGAUCUUCUUCACCAACUGUUGCCACCUUCUAUUGCUGAUCAACUAAUUUCUGGUAAAGCAGUACAAGCAGAAUCGUAUGAUUCGGUCACAAUCUACUUCUCUGACAUUGUCGGUUUUACCGCCCUCUCUUCGCAAUCCACACCUUUGCAAGUUGUCACACUUCUCAACGACUUAUAUCUAGCCUUUGAUGGUGUUGUAGAUAACUUCAAAGUUUACAAAGUAGAAACUAUAGGUGAUGCCUACAUGGUGGUCUCAGGUCUUCCGGAACGAAGGGACGAUCAUGCGUCACAGAUUGCACAGAUGAGCUUGGCCUUGUUGCAUAAGGUGAAGAACUUUGUGAUCCGACAUCGACCGAACGAUCAGUUGAAGCUGCGCAUUGGCAUGCAUUCCGGCUCCGUGGUCGCUGGUGUUGUCGGAUCGAAAAUGCCACGAUAUUGCCUUUUUGGUGACACUGUGAACACAUCGAGUCGUAUGGAAAGCAACGGAUUACCGCUUCGGAUUCAUGUUUCAUCUGUGACAAAGGAGAUUUUAAGUAAAGAUACGGGUUUCCGACUAGAACUGAGAGGUGAAGUUGAAAUGAAAGGUAAAGGUCGAUUGACAACAUACUGGUUGAAAGGCUAUCGCGAUGUGAACAUCCCAGACUUCGGUGCGGAGUACCAGUGA